UGAGACUAGAGAUUUUCGCGCUCGCAUCGGUGAAAAUUUUGCUGCCGAUAGGUUCAGUUUUGCGAGUGUUAUCUUGUGCAGUGGACUAAUGAUUGGUUUAGAAUAGGGAAAUUAGGUGAAAGUCGGUGAAAAUUUAUUUGAUCGGAAACGCAUUUGCUUUGCUGAGUGGAAAUCAACAAAAAGUUUAGUACAGAUGACGGAAAGCAGAAAAUUCUCUGCUGGAUGGAAACUUGACGUGGAUGAUAAAGCUUGCUACAUCGAUAUCGAGCAUGACGAAGACGAGGACAACGAGGAACGCCACGACGGAACGAACGCUCCGGAACAUGGAACCAAGGGACGGAAUGGCGCCGGUGAUGAGCUUGCUAACGGCCAGCAGUCACAGUGGUGUGAUUUACCGGAUCACAUCAUGGAGCGUAUCUUUGCACACCUGAGCAUCCGAGAGCGGUACUACGCUAGCUUGACGUGUUUCAGCUGGUAUCAGGCUUUUUCUUUGCCGAACGUUUGGUCCAAUUUCAUGGUGCUGGACGAGACGCUCUCCCGGCUCAAGUACAACUACUAUUCCGGCUGGCAACCGGUGCUGGACCAUGCCCGCACCCAGAACUGUUUGCUCUCGGUGGGGAAGCUUUUCCGGGGGCUCGAUUUCCGCCCGCUGUUCUCGUUCAACAAUAUGUUCCAAUUUAUGACGCUGAUCUCGUGGGCCAUCGAGCAGAACCAGAAGGCCAAAGUCCCCCGAGAGUGGGUAGGCUGUGGAUUGAAAAUAAAAUCUCUAAACUACAUCUUCCCGUGCAACAUGGCCUCCAGUGAGGAUCCCGAAUCGAUAAAACUGUUCGGAACUGGCGGGCAGCUGCUGGCCUCGCUGAAGAGAUUAAUGCUCAAUUUGCCCAACCUGCAAACGUUGAAAUUGGUCGAUUUGAUGCUGGAGCGGUACGAGGCAAACCACCUGCUGGACGAGGUGCUCGAAGCGUGCUGUUUGGUGCUCAGACGGCUGCACCUGAUCAACGUGACCAUGGUGCACUGCCCGGUGAUGCAUGCUGCGUUGUUCCUGAAUCUACAGGUCCUGGUGAUUUCGCCGCAAAACAUCGACGACGACGUCUUGACGCUGCUGGCCGAUUCGAAGGUACGGCACCUGUACCUGCAUCAGAAUCGGUACACUCCGGCUGCCAUCGCGAUCACCCCCUGCACUGUCAAAGGCUGGCGGAUGGUGCGCCGUGAUAAUCCAAAUUUACGGGUCCAUCUAUGCGUCGAGUCAACAAGUGCCGGCGAAAUUCUGCUCCAACCGGAAGCUCCGGUUCACAGUAUGAUUUAUCAGUCGCCUAAAACAAUGAUUACUUCGGAUAAGCUGCUCGCUGCAGUUGAUGCUUACAAAUUUACACUGACCGUGUACGGGCACGAGAUGCUGCCAGAUUUCAGCAGUCCUGUUGAGUUCCAGGAUCGGAUCGAUAGCUUACUGGUACUAAUGGCCAGGUCAUGCCCAGAGUUGAGCGUGUUGAUGAUUCGCGAACGUAUCUCAACGGCCACUCUUCUGCUGAUUGCCCGAACGGCGCAAAACCUUCGUCAAUUGUACGUCCGCCGCAAUCAGCUGGUAGAGGAAUGCGAUUGGCCCAAGAACCCCGAGUGGAGCGAUGAGUUCUUUCAAUGGCUUCAAGCCGCAUCGCAGAGCAUCGAAUCCACCGAGAAAGAAAUCUCUCAAAUUCUACAAAAUGAUUGGAAACCUCUCAGCGAUGAACAUUUCCAGAAGACUUCCCUCACCAAACAUGUGGAUUAUUAAAUUGAAUGUGCCUCAAUUCAUGCAUGUACAUAGAAAAAAUUCAAAGAAUUUAUUCAAAUAAUAAACAAUGAAGACGAA